GUUCGUACACUCCGCAGCUGUUGGUUGAGUUGGCCGCGUUUUACGGAAUGGCUUCGGAGAAUCCUCUCGUGGCAGUUACCUGCACCGCGCCGGUCAACAUCGCGGUCAUCAAGUACUGGGGAAAGCGAGAUGAGGAGUUGAUCCUACCCAUCAACUCCUCCCUGAGUGUCACUUUGCACCAGGACCAGUUGAAAACCACUACAACAGCUGUCAUUAGCAAGGACUUCACUGAGGACCAGAUUUGGCUUAACGGCCGGAAGGACGACAUAGGGCAGCCACGCAUCCAGGCCUGCCUGAGGCAGAUCCGCUGCCUGGCCCGAAAGCAGAGGAGUGGUCAGGAGGAGGACCCGCUGCCUCUCAGCCUCAGCUACAAGGUUCACAUCGCAUCGGUGAACAACUUCCCCACAGCUGCAGGCCUGGCCUCCUCGGCCUCAGGCUAUGCCUGCCUAGCGUACGCCCUGGCCCAAGUCUACGGGGUUAAGAGUGACCUUUCAGAAGUGGCUCGUCGGGGCUCGGGCAGCGCCUGUCGGAGCCUAUAUGGAGGCUUUGUGGAGUGGCAGAUGGGGGAGCAGGCUGACGGCAAGGACAGUGUGGCCCGGCAGGUGGCCCCUGAAUCACACUGGCCCGAACUCCGAGUCCUCAUUCUUGUGGUGAGCGCCGAGAAGAAGAUGACUGGCAGCACUGUGGGCAUGCAGACCAGCGUGGAGACCAGCCCUCUGCUCAGAUUCCGGGCCGAGGCAGUGGUGCCGGCACGCAUGGCAGAGAUGAUUCGCUACAUCAGAGAAAGAAACUUCGAGGGCUUCGGCCAGCUGACCAUGAAGGACAGCAACCAGUUCCAUGCCACUUGUCUGGACACCUUCCCACCCAUCUCUUACCUCAGCGACACUUCCAGGCAUAUCAUACACCUGGUGCACCGCUUCAAUGCCCACCACGGGCAGACCAAGGUGGCAUACACAUUUGAUGCAGGCCCCAACGCGGUGAUCUUUACCCUGGACGACACCGUGGCUGAGUUCGUGGCUGCCGUGAAGCACAGCUUCCCCCCUGAGUCAAACAGCGACAGGUUUCUGAAGGGGCUGCCUGUGAGGCCUGCCCCACUCUCAGACGAGCUCAAAGCCUCACUGGGCAUGGAUCCCACUCCCGGCGGCAUCAAAUACAUCAUUGCCACUCAGGUGGGGCCCGGGCCUCAAAUUCUGGACCAGCCUCAUGCUCAUCUCCUGGGCCCUGACGGCCUGCCAAAGCUAGUGGCUUGACCCCUCCUCAAGGGGAACCCUGGCUGCCACUUGGAGAAAGGACUGCUUUGCUGGGAAUGGGGUGCUCUGUGUGGCGGUAGCUGUGCCAUGUUUGUUGGGACCAGUGGGUAGGCACCUGGCCUGAGGCCAGGAAUUGUGCUGUGGCCAAGUGUGGGCAGUGGGGUGACAACCUACAGUCCCUAGGUGGCCAGGAGCAGGCCCCCUACCAAAUGCCUGAGCUCCCCCACCAGUUCUGUGCUGAGAUGAAGGCUAGGGUGACAUGUGGGACCCUGGUAGAUCCAGCAACAGGGGUGAACAGCUGGUGUGUCCCCCAUGAAGGAUCUCUGACCCUGAGCUCUGGGGCCACUCCCACUGCCUAAACAGGAGCUCUUCCACCUGAGAUGAUGGGGCGUCAGCGUCUCUCUGGAACUGGAGGACCGAUCACUGUUCAGGGGGCAACCGCUGCAGGCUCAGGAUCCCUCAGAGCACAAUGGUCAUUCUAGCUCCACUGCCAGCCUCUGUCCACUGGAUGCAGAUAGUAUGUUUCUUCAUAAAAAGACCAGGAGUGGGUCUCCAGUGGGAGGUGGGAGAGCAGCCCCAGAUUCGUUGUCACACAGGAGCCCUAUCAACUGGCCACUGCGAAUAAAGCCAGAGUUGCUGAC